AUGAGCGACCAAGUUCAAGAGAUCCUCGACCUGCCUAGGGACUUUGUCAAGGAGGGCUCGUUGUUCAUCAACAGGUGCACCAAGCCUGAUGGCAAGGAAUUUAUCAAGAUCUGCCAGGCUGUCGGCGUCGGUUUCCUUAUCAUGGGUGCCGUCGGCUACAUCGUCAAGCUCAUCCACAUCCCCGUUAACAACAUCCUCGUUGGUGGCGCAUAA